AUGUUUCUAGAGCAGAUUUGUGGAAAUACUUAUUUAGGUUCACAUGGACUGUGGUGUUCAAACUUGGAAAACAAAUGCUGCCUUAAAAGGGCACAUGAUGCUAUGAGUGGAUUAUAUCCCAGUUGUAAACAACUCUCAAAAGUAGUCACAGAUUUACCAGACAAACUUUGCAAAAUGUCAAAAGAAAAAGCUUUGGAGUAUGCUCAUUCAGAGCGUUGUAAAUCCGAAAUAAGUUUGAUUACGUCCAAAUCGCGCGAAACUUGCCACAAAAUUUUUGCUCCUAAUUAUGUAUUAACUCCAGAAUUUUUGAAAUUAUACAUCUUUUCAACUAGAAUUUAA